GUAAUGGCUGCGCCCGAGUGGUCGCUGAGGAAACGGAAGGUCGGAGGUGCGGAGCACAGUCCAGCGUCGCCGUCCUCUCUGGCUAGAGAUCCCGCGGAUUCUCCAGCCCGGCUACACACCGGCACCUUCUGGCUGACCAGAGUCGUGCUCCUGCGGGCCCUCGCUUUCAUUUACUUUGUGGCCUUCUUGGUGGCAUUCAAUCAGAACAAGGCCCUCAUUGGUGACCAGGGACUGCUGCCCUGCAGACUGUACCUGAAGAAUGUCCAGCAGUACUUCCAGAGCAGCACUGGCUGGUCUGCCUGGACCUAUUCUCCAACCAUUAUGUGGCUGUUGGACUGGUCAGACAUGAACUUCAACCUGGACCUCCUUGCUCUUCUUGGGUUGGGCCUCUCAUCCUUUGUCCUGGUGACCGGCUGUGCCAACAUGAUACUCAUGGCUGCUCUCUGGGCCCUCUACAUGUCCCUGGUCAAUGUAGGGCAGAUCUGGUAUUCUUUUGGAUGGGAGUCACAGCUGCUGGAAACAGGAUUCCUGGGAAUCUUUCUGUGCCCGCUCUGGACGCUGUCCCGCCUCCCCAAGCACACCCCCACAUCCCAAAUUGUUCUGUGGGGCUUCCGCUGGCUCAUCUUCAGAAUCAUGCUUGGAGCGGGCCUCAUCAAGGUUCGUGGGGACAAGUGCUGGCUGGAUCUGACCUGCAUGGACUUCCACUAUGAGACUCAGCCAGUGCCCAACCCAAUGGCCUACUACCUGCACAGGUCACCAUGGUGGUUCCACCACUUUGAGACACUCAGCAACCACUUCCUGGAGCUCCUCGUGCCUUUCUUCCUGUUCCUUGGACGGCGGAUGUGUAUCGUUCACGGGGUACUGCAGAUCCUUUUCCAGGUAAUCCUCAUCAUCAGUGGGAACCUGAGCUUCCUGAACUGGCUCACCAUCGUGCCCAGCCUUGCCUGCUUCGACGACGCAGCUCUGGGAUUCCUGUUUCCCUCAGGACCCCGAGGCCUAAAGAAGCAAGUCCUGGAGAUGCAAAGGCUUAAAGAUACACAAAGGGUCCAGCCCAAGCCAACAAUAGGCUGCUUGGUGCGGCAAGUGGUCAACAUCUCCCUGGGCAUCCUGGUGGCCUGGCUCAGCGUACCCGUGGUUAUCAACCUACUAAGCUCCAGGCAGGUCAUGAACACCUCCUUCAACCCGCUCAGGAUCGUCAACACCUACGGGGCCUUUGGAAGUAUCACCAAAGAGCGGACUGAGGUAAUCCUGCAGGGCACAGCGAGCCCCAAUGCCACUGCGCCUGAUGCAGUGUGGGAGGACUAUGAGUUCAAGUGUAAACCAGGAGACCCCUGGAGGCGGCCGUGCCUUAUCUCUCCAUACCACUACCGCCUGGACUGGCUCAUGUGGUUCGCAGCUUUCCAGACCUAUGAACAAAACGAGUGGAUCCUUCACCUGGUGGGUAAGCUCCUAGCUGAUGACUCUGAGGCCCUGUCCCUACUCGCCCUUAACCCCUUUGAGGGCAGGGCUCCCCCCAGGUGGAUCCGAGGAGAACACUACCGAUACAAGUUCAGCCUUCCCGGGGGCCAGCAUGCUGCCCAGGGCAAGUGGUGGAUACGCAAGCGAAUCGGUCCUUACUUCCCCCCACUCCGCCUUGAGGAUUUGAAGGAAUACUUUAAGACUCGGGAGUGGCCGCUGCCAGAACCCCCAUCUAGACACACCCUGAAAUAAAGACCAGAGACUAACUGCU